AUGACGAGGCUACCGUGGACGACCAUCAGAUGGACAAGAGGCGCGGCAGGACCGCAAUAUCGUGGCUACGAGCUCGUUCCGUCGCCAGAAGCCACACGACGCACAUCGCCACUCGAUCAUGGGGCGCCAGCGCGGGCCAGCUGGACGAGGCGGAGGGUGUUGGUACGAGGGUGUGCUUGCAUGUGCCUGGCUGCACCGGUGCUGCUUCUCCUGGUGCUACUCCUGAAUGGCGUUCCCUCGACGUACUCCGACAUCCGGACCUACGAGCAGCGGCUGCCGCAACACGAGAACGCGACCACUCUCGAGGACAGGCGGAUGUACCUGCGCUUCCCCGGACAUCUGAUAGGCCACGGGUGGAAUAAUGUGCUACAAGAAGCCAUUGUCGCAGCGCAUCUCUCGCACACGAUAAACAGGACAUACGUCUUCGAGGACUACACCUGGUCCCAGUCCCCCCUGCCAUACACGGUGUCCUGGCCGGAUUUUUCGCUGCGUCCGUCGCGGAUACCGCUGAACGCAUUCAUCUCGGGUCCACUCGCCGGGGGCGCGCCAGAGGAGCCUCACAAACGGGCUGUCAGCGCUGCCUUCUUCGAGCAGGUCUGCGCCAGAGACCAGAUUCGUACAGUUCGUGCCACGGCUGAUACGCCAAGCGGUGAGAUGGGUGCGAGCACGUUGGAGGUGCUGGAUUGGUGGGUAGAGCAUCUCAAGUCCGUCGAAGGCGUGCGCUGCGUCGAAAUUGCCUCGGAAGAACCGGUCUUCAACAGAUACUUCUUCGGCUCGGAGCACAUCCUGGCACUUCUCCCUGCCCUCUUUGCCUCGCCGAUCCUCAGUAAAUUCACGUGGUCCCCGCUCGUCAGGAGCGCCGUCGCACGCAACUUCGCCGUCCUCCGCCCCCUCGACAACGCGCAACUCUACCCCCCGCUGCGCAACUUCAAUUCGCCCAUCGCGCCCUCCAACGAGACCUUCGCCGGCCUGCUUGCGGUGCACCUGCGGCAGGGCGACUACGUGCGGCACUGCCCGCGCCUCGCAGCCUGGAACAGCACGUAUCUCGGCAUCAACACGCACCCGGCCCUCCCCGACCGUUUCGUCGCCGGCGCGGGCACAGAAUCGGAAUCGGAAACAGCCGCGGAGUACAUGCAGCAUUGCCUUCCUAGUGUCGAGCAGCUUGUGCAGAGGCUGCACACGGUGCGCGCGGAGCACGGGGACGAGGGGAGCCCGCUGCAGAGGGUGUUUCUGCUGACAAAUGCGCGGACGGGCGUCGUGAGCGAGCUGCGAGAGAGGUUGCUUGAGGACGGGUGGACGGAUGUGUGGUCCAGCUACGACCUGCUGCUUGAUUCGGCGCAGAAGGGCGUGGCUAUGGCGGUCGACAUGUCCAUCGCGGAGAGCGCGGCGGUGUUUUUGGGAAACGGGUUCUCAAGUCUGACCGGGAACGUCGUGAUGCUGAGGUUAGCUAGAGGGCUGGAUCCAAGGACAAUGAGGUUUCUGUAG